UAAAAACAUGAAUUAGGAAUCACGUUCUGGACUCCCUAUCUCGCCAUCGUUGGAAGGAAGCUUCUGUACACUGUUGCCAUAUCUCCACCAUCCUCCUCCUGCGGGCCACAAUUGUAGAAAAUAUAUAUAUAUAUAUAUAUAUUAUUCAUGGUAUUUUCUCUCAAAUGGUGAUAAGUAUGUUGGAUCCAAACAAAAAUCAACAACAAUAGCAACUGGAAGAAGAUCCCCACGAAUAGAUUCGUGCUAGUCACUUGAGUGGUGAUUGUCACUACAAACGGAAAUUGCUGCGAGGCCAUUAGCAAGUGAGCUUUUUUUUUUUUUUAGUUUAGUUUUUACCUGUUUUUGGGUUGUCUCUAUAUUCCAAGGCCUGUCUGCACCAUCAUAUAUAGUUUGCUUGCUGGAUUCUUAAAAGGAAAGGAAAUAUCCCUGAAUCCCGCGUCUAUUUGAACUUGAAAUUUGAAAGAAGCACGGAUUUUUCCAUUUUAAAUUUAUGUGAGCAAAGUUGUUGUAUCAUAUGAAUGAAUUGGAUGUGGAUUAGACAUUAGGCUAACCCAUACCAUGUCAUGGAUUGAUCCCCAACGUGUUAUGAGUUUAAGGGUGAUAGAUCAUGUAGGAAGAGUAAUUUGAUUGAUAUUCAAUAAUUCUUAAUUCUUUCAUAAACUUUUACGAUUGAUAUUCAAUAUAAUAGAUGAUUGUCCAACAUUCUUUUUAUUUUUCAUGUAAAGAAGCUAUUCAAGAGAUCUACUCCUUGAGUGAACCAAUGAUGGACAACUAAGGAGGAGGUUAUCCAAAUUCGAGUAGGUCUCCCUCAAAUAAAUUCAUUAGCUUGGAAUGAUUAUUUGUCCAAUAGAUUGGUUAACCUAUUGGAGAAGAAGUUUAUUUCUCUCAAUUGUGAUUUAUGUUUUAACUUUUUAAAUGUUUCUAGCCUCCCUAAUAACAUUUGCUCAGCUGCGUUGGCUAAUGCUUUAUAUUUAUCUAUGUAAUUUCCUUUUGUACCUUCCUUUUAAAGGCUUUUUGUGCUUAAUAGCAAUAUUAUUUCAUCAAAUAUUAAUAAAAAUCAUAAUAGAUGUUUAUAAGAACAAUUGAUUCAUAAAUUUAGAUACUAAUCUAUAUUCACUAUGUGACAUUCAAUAAUGCAAGUUUUUAAAUCUUAUAAGCUUUCUAUUCCAAGCUAAGAAUGAGAUUGAAUGUGGUAUUAGGAACUUAAUUCGAUGCAAUUUGUGUAUUUGUUCAUUUUUCUAUUAAGGCAUGUCAAAGUGUUCGAAGUUGAGAAUUUGAUUAAAUAUAAUUUAAUGAUCUCUUUAUCUUUUACUCUUUUUCUUCUUCAUCAAUGUGACUAUCCAAAUAAAAAAUUUAAAAAAAAGGUAUAAAAUUUGAAGUUAUUAAUUAAUAUGGAAUUUAACUAAUUGAUGUUCUUUGUUUUUUCAAGUAUCUUUCAUAUUUAAUAGGAUUUUCAUAAUUACCAAAAAAACAUAUAAGAAAAUUAGCCAUUUAACAUAAUGACACUUUCACUACCAAGGGAAACCAAAAAAUAAAAAUAGAAACCCCUCCAAAAGCUGCUUCCAAUGACAAGACAAAAUAAGCCUCCAAAACCUAUUUCCAAUCUAUUUCGGCUAGUUGUUCAUCCCAUCUUUCCUUCUAAAAUUUUUAUCAUCCUAUAUAUACAUUAAAAAUUAAUUUAGAGCAUUGGACAAUCAUGCAUGAUUAAAAUUAACAAAGUAAAAAUAAACACACUUUAAGAUAUUAAAAAUUAAUAAAUUUUGUAGAAGUAUGUAUAUAUAAAAUACCUGAAAAUUUAUUCCAAAAUAGGCAUAGAAUUAGUUUGAUCAUUUAUUCCAAACUCUUGUCUAUUAACUUGACUAGAAGAACCACAAUAUAUUUCGUUCAAUCCAUCCGGAAAAGCUUCUUCAACUUCAAAGUUUAAUGUCCUAUUUACCUUAUAUAAAAAAAGUACCAAAAUAAUUAUUAAAAUAAGUUAACAUCAAAUAAUAAUAUAAUGAAAUAAAAUUAAGUAAUGGAUACUUACAUUUGCGUAGGAAAAUGUUUGAAAAUGUACCAUGAAGUUCACUACUAUUCUCGGAUUGAAGGACUCUGGAAUCCUAUUUUAAAUAAAAUAAAAAUAAGUCAAAUUAUUUUAAGAUAAAUAAUUCUUAUAUUUCUAUCAAUUUAUAUCUUAAGCAUAGUACUUUCUUGUGUUCCAAAAGGGUUUAGGAUUUUUCAUCCAUGACCAUUAUAGAAUUUGCUUCAUGAGUCAUUCUUUUAGAUUUCUACAAAAUAUAUAAAGUAGCAUUAGAAAUAACAAAUAGUAGUUGAUUAAACAUUCUUUAAACAUAUAAGUAAUAUAUAUAUAUAUAUAUUUUAUGUUACGAACCUGCAUUCCGUUUUCUUUUUGUUUUUUCCUUACAAUUUGUUUAACUUUAGACAGCUUUCUUUUGAAUGGAGGAUGACCUUUACUUCGAGUUACCCGCGGAGUAAGAACUUUACCAUCCAUUUUCUUAGAAACAUCAUUAUGCUCCGGACCGCUUAUUGUCUCAUCACACAUAUAGGAACAUUCAUUCACUAGCAAUUUCAUUGUCAACUUCUUCUUCAUAUCAUAAAUCAGAUCCAUUACCAAGUUACACCUAUCAUCACUAUCAGUUGCUAAAUCUGCAACUUCACAAAAAGACUUGCACAUCUUAUCAAAUUGACAUACUUCAGGCAUAAUGGUUAAAUCAAUAUAACUUAUUUUUACUUAGUAUGACAUCUUUUCACAUCCUUCCUCCAUCGUCUCAAUAUGUACACAUCGGGACUGCAAUUUAUUUUUUUAUGAAUUAGCACUACAAUCAUUAAAGUGUACAAUGAAGGAAAUAUGUCGACUACUUUGUCCAAUCAUUACAUUUUUAUCCACUACAAAUUCAUAUGAAAACCCUUUUAUUUGAUGAUAACUCACAAUAAAUUUUUCUUGCCAGCUCUUGUUGAAAUUCAUUGAACUUUGUAGUAGUAUAAACACUUUGAUAUUGUUUUUCAAUGUCACGAAUAAUAUAUAUAUAUAUAUAUAUUUUUUAUCUAUAGUUUUGGCCAGUAGGGGGAGGAUGGUGGAGAUGUGGCAACAGUGUACAGAAGCUUCCUUCCGGCGAUGGCGAGAUAGGGAGUCCAAAAUGUGAUACCUAAUUUAUGUUUUUAUUUUAUUUUAUUUUUUAAAAAAAUAAAUCUAAAAGGAUAUUGAAUAAAAUAUUAAAAAUGAAUAAUUUUGUUAAUAAACAAUUGUUGACAUGGAAAUGAUGUGGAUUUUAAGAAUAAUGCUAAGGAUACCAACAAUUUCUACCAAGAAGAUACCAAGAUGAGAUGGAAUCUAAUGUGGCAUCCAACUAAAAAAUCAUUAAAAUCCACAUCAUAGCCAUGUCAACAAUUGUUUAUUAAAAAAAUUAUUCAUUUUUAAAAUUUUACUAAAUAUCCUUUUAGAUUUAAAAAAAAUAAAAUAAAAUAAAAACAUGAAUUAGGUAUCACGUUCUGGACUCCAUAUCUCGCCAUUGCGGAAGGAAGCUUUUGUACACUAUUGCCAUAUCUCCACCAUCCUCCCCCUGCUGGCCACAACUGUGGAAAAAAAAAAAAAAAUAUAUAUAUAUAUAUUAUUCAUGGUAUUUUCUCUCAAAUGGUGAUAAGUAUGUUGGAUCCAAACAAAAAUCAAUAGCACCAGCAACUGGAAGAAGAUCCCCAAAGUAAAGUUCUUUAAAAUAUGGCAAUAGUAGUGAAUCCUUUUUUUUUUUUUUCUUUUUUUUAGAACUUGCUCCGUCGAAAGGCCUCAUUAUCAUGUUUAUUAAUAGAGAUGCCAUUGUCGUAAGCAUUAUUGUUUUUUUAAGUUCUUUUCUCUACUACUACCAGAGUCAUAUCAAAUAUUCAACAUUGGAUAACAAAUCUUCUUCUUCUUUUUUUCUUUUAUGUUUUUGGGUAAAUUGAUAGGCAAGCUUUGUCUUAUUGCAAUCAUCAUUAGUUUUGGAUAGAAGCCUUUCUUCUACUUGAAGUUGGAAAUAAAUAAAUUAAUUGAAGUAGCAUCCCUUUUGCUUGUAGUGAGGUGCGUAUGGGUAGUGGUGAAUUAGGUAAGCUUUGUCUUCUUACAAUCAUCAUUAAUUUUGGACAGAAGCCUUUCUUCUACUUGAUAUUGAAAAUAAAUAAAUUAAUCGAGGUAGCAUCCCUUUUGCUUGUAGUGAGGUGCAUAUAGGUAGUAGUGAAUUAGAGAGAAGAACGCAUGACAGUGAUGGGGGUUUGUGAACUCUUACCAGCAGCCAAAGAUGAAAUGGAAGUGUGGCUCAUGAACCUUGGUAGCUGCUAAGAAAAUUAAUUCUCUAAUUCACUAGGCUAAGCAAUCUUGUCAUAAUGUUGAUCAAGGCCUUAACCCUUUUGUUCAAUUAUACAUAUAUUUUCAUCUGAAAGCAAUCUUAGAUUUGAAAUGUUUGAUGGCAUUGAUAGCCAAUUAUAUGUAUAGUAAUUGGAAAGCAAGACCAAGUCGAGAUAGGAUUAAAGUAAUUGCCCACCAUAUGAAUUAAUACUUGGCAAGUAUGGUAUUGUUUAUUGAUUUAGGUUUCCUCGGCAAAUUGGUCUUUAUAAACUUUACGAGAUCUUGAAUUAGAUUUGUCUAGGCUUUAUUUUCUAAAAGAGAAUUAUAUAUUGAAGAUCUUGAAUUGGGUUUGUCUAGGCUUUCUUUUCUAUAAGAGAAUUAUAUAUUGAAGUCAAAAGACUAACAUGGCUCAUUUCACUUUCAAGUUAAAAGUAUCACACGGUUCUUAUUGACACAUGAAGGCUAGCUAGCUAACUGUUACUUUUUUUUGCUCUACAUAUUCAUUUAUUUGAUUUUUAUAUUUUUCGUAUUUUUUUGAGCUAUUUUUCUCCAAUUUUUUAGUUCUUAGUUCUCUGAAAUCAAUAAAAGUCUUUUUGUUUAGUAGAUAGUAGAGGAUUUAUGUUCAAAUUUAUUUAUAAAUGAAUAAAACUGGCAUUAAGUAAUUCAACUUUGUAUAUGCUUCUUUAUUAAUAUAUCAUUUUUCUUAUUUUGUCUUAUAAUGCUUAAGUUAAUGGAGAUAAUCCAAUUCAACUCACCCCCCCACCCCCCCACUGCCCCCCGACCGCGCGGGAGGUUUUAGUGGUGAUUUAUAAUACCAUACUACUAUCACAAUAUAUGUAUCUAUGAUUUUCAAGCGAUUCUCACAUAGUGGAAGCAAUGAUUGUGUGUAGUUAUUAUUAUUAUUUUUUUGAUGUUGCUGAAAGCUAAACUCUUAUCAAAAUGGUAACAAAUAUUCUAUAACCAAGAGCAACUUUUUUUUUUUUUUGUUGAAUUAUGUAACUAGGAGCUAUGUUCUUCUUCUAUAUCUUUUUUAUUAAUGCUUAAGCUAAUGGAGAUAAUCCAAUUCAACUCACGCGCCCACCCCCCCGGCGGGAGUGCGUGGGAGGUUUUAGUGGUGAUUUAUAAUACCAUACUACUAUCACAAUAUAUGUGUGUGUGAUUUUCACGUGAUUCUCACAUAGUGGAAGCAAUGAUUGUGUGUAGUUAUUAUUAUUAUUUUUUUAAUGUUGCUGAAAGCUAAACUCUUAUCAAAAUGGUAACAAAUAUUCUAUAACCAAAAGCAUCUUUUUUUUUUUGGUUGAAUUAUGUAACUAAGAGCUAUGUUCUUCUUCUAUGUCCUUUUAUUUAAAAACUUUUAGUUCAACUAUCAUGCUUGAAACUUUAGUUUUAAAAUAAGAAAAUGAUUUGUUUUAUAGCCUUAACAAUCUUAUCAUGUUUUUAUCUGUUUAUGUUUAUAUUUGAUUAUUGUAUUAAACUAUUGUAUUAUUUAUUGUUUUCAACAUAUGAAAUAACAAGUUCUUCUUAUGUCUAUUAUAAUAUUUAUAUUACAUGUCUAUUAUAAUAUUUGCAAGAGGACAUCAAGUAAAGGAGAUGAUGGAGAGUUGAAAUACAUCACAUUUGCUUGCUCACGUCAAGGAAAAUCAAGAAGUAAAUCUAGAAACGCAUUUAGAAUGCAUCCACUAACAAAAACAGGAUGUUUGGCAAAGCUUAGAGCUGCUAUAUGUUCUAAUGGAAGGUGACAAGUUUGCUCUAUCUUUUUUUAGCAUAAUCUUGGAUUAUUUACCCCAAGUAAAACGCGAUAUUAAGAGUUAUAGAGUAAUGAAGUGACAUAUGCAAAGGAUGUUAGAAAUAAAUGAUAAAGUUGGAAUAAGGCUGAACAAGAAUUUCAAUUAUUUAGUAGUUGAAGCUGGAAGAUAGGAUAAUUUGGCAUUUCUAGAGAAAGAUUGUAGAAAUUAUAUAGAUGAGAUCAGAAGUUUAAGGUUAGAAGAAGGAGAUGCUGUUGCAAUUCAAAAGUAUUUCUUGAAAAUGCAAGUUGAAAAUUCAGAUUUCUUUUAUGCAAUGGAUUUAGAUGAUGAGAGUCGAAUAAAAAAUUUAUUUUUGGCAGAUGCAAGGAGUAGGGCUGAAUGUAAAGAAUUUGGGGAUGUUGUGACAUUCGAUACUACAUAUUUAACAAAUAAAUAUGACAUGCCUUUUGUAUCUUUCGUGGGAGUCAACCAUCAUGGACAGUCAACAUUAUUUGGAUAUGGCUUAAUAUCAAAUGAGGAUACAGAAAUAUUUAAAUGGCUGUUUCAAUGUUGGCUUUCAUGUAUGUAUAACCAUACUCCAAAUGCAAUAAUUACUGAUCAGGAUAAAGCCAUGCAAAAUGCAAUUAAAAUGGUUUUUCCUCAUGCACGACAUAGAUGGUGCUUAUGGCAUAUAAUGAAGAAAGUACCUGAAAAGUUGAAGAGCUACAAGCAGUAUGUGAGUAUCAAGUUUGCUUUACAUAAUAUUAUUUAUGAUUCUUUAUUGCAGAUUGAACUUGAAGAUAGUUGGAGUAGGUUUAUUGCCAUGUAUUCUCUUCAGGCCAAUGAUUGGCUAUCUGGAUUGUAUAAUGAGAGGCAACGUUGGGUGCCAGCAUUUGUAAAGGAUACUUUUUGGGCAGGCAUGUCUACUACACAGCGUUGUGAAAGUAUGGAUGCAUUUUUUGAUGGGCAUAUGAAUUCAAACACUUCUGUAAAACAAUUUGUGGAACAAUAUGAUAAUGCUUUAAGAGAUAAGGUUGAAAAGGAAAAUCAUGAAGAUUUCAUCUCUUUUAACUCUUGGAUCCCUUGCAUAUCUCGAUAUGACAUUGAAAAACAAUAUCAAAGUGUUUAUACUACUGCAAAGUUCAAUGAAUUUCAACAAGAGCUGGUAAGAAAAAAUUAUUGUGAGUUAUCGUCAAAUAAAAAGGUUGCAGUAAAUUCAUGUGAACUUGUAGUGGAUGAAGAUGUAAUGAUUGGACAAAGUAGUCAAUAUAUUUUCUUCAUUGUACACUUUAAUGAAGAGAAAUCUAAGGUUACUUGCAAUUGUUGA